GGCAGCGCAAGAGGAGACGGGAGGGCACACGCACAGGGCCGCACGUGCCCGCAUCCCACACGCAGGCUGACUCCGUCCCAACACCCACGCACUGCCUUUCAAACAAGCUGGCACGGACACCCUGACAGUUUACAACACCGUCACACCCCUCGUGCUUGCAGGCGCCCGCGCGCGCGCGCGCGCGCGCACACACACACACACCCCUUCCACCGACCGCUCCCACCAGGACCCCAGAGUUGGACGCGCUGCAGAGCCUACCACCACCACCCCCCACCCCCGCCCCUCCUCCUGGAGUGCUGGGUUUUUCCAGCCGGAGCCUCACUCCCUCUACUGCAAUCUCGGGGAAAUUGGUGUCUGACGCGGCUGCUCCAGCACGUUAUUUAUUGAUUUACUCUGUCCCCCGGGGAGACCCUCCUGUCAGGAGAGCUGCGACCCGGAACUGAGGGAGGCGGGAAGCGGCGGGGCCACGGGUGGCGGGGCAGAGGGGAUGGAGACGAGGACGGUUCAGCAGCCCCCGCCCUGCUCAUCAAGCUCCGGGAGCCCCGCAGGGGCCACCCGGCAGGAGGCCAGAAGAGUGGAGGGAGACUCCAGCAGGAGGGGACAGGAGGCAGCGCUUCGCGACCGAGCCCCCCUGAGCCAGCAGCGCCGGCUCAGACAGGCCACCCAGUUCCUGCACAAGGACUCUGCCGACCUGCUCCCCCUGGACAGCCUCAAGAGGCUCGGCACCUCCAAGGACUUGCAGCCGCACAGUGUGAUCCAAAGACGCCUGGUGGAGGGAAACCAGAGUCAGUUUCAGGGGGAGUCUCCCCCCGCGCAGGCCCCGAUUCACAGCCAGGAGAGCAGGAGGAAGACCAGCAAGACACAGAUUCCUGCUCUUCUGGUGAACUGCAAGUGCCGAGACCAGGAGCUUCGGGUGGCCGUGGACACAGGCACCCAACACAACCAGAUCUCGGCUGGGUGCCUCAGCCGCCUGGGGUUAGGGAAGAAGGUCCUCAAAGCCCCAGGUGGGGACGUGGCACCUGGGCCCCCCACGCAGGUGGAGCAGCUGGAGCUACAGCUGGGCCAGGAGACGGUGGCCUGCUCAGCCCAGGUUGUGGACUCUGCUUUCUCUCAAGUGCUGCAUCGACCUCGAGCAUGGAGUGCUGCGGCUGAGGGCCCCCUUCCCAGAGCUGCCCUUCCUGCCUCUGUACCAAGAGCCUGGCCAGUGACUGAUGAACCAGUCAGUCCCCGGGGGAAGGACCUUGCCUCGGGGAAGAGCCAUGUUGGGGAAUGGGGCAUUACUAGAGCCAGCAACUGCCCAAUCCUCCAGAAGACUUCCAGAAAGAGGGCCCAUGAUCUCAGGGGACUGGCCUCCCCGUUCCCCUCCAAAUCAGGACUGUGGAAAAGGAUGGGUCCUGUCCCUGCUGCCGCCUGCCUUUCUGAUUCUGCGCACAUCUGCUCACAGCUGAGUGGGGGAAGAAACAGGAAACAGAAUACUCCGGUACAGUAGAAAGGCGAGUUGGCAGAGGAGCUUCAGAAGCUUUCUCAGUUACCUUUCCUGGGGUUGCAAAUGUCGGAAGUCAGUUAUUAUUUGAUUUCCCUGUGCAAAACCUUGGGUGUACCUCUAGCAUUUCUCCAGGUGUCUCUCCUCCUCCACUUGCUUUUUUACACUUCAGGGGGAUGGUGAGGAGCCCUGUUGGGAACUGCCCCUACAAGGUGGACAGGAUGGCAGGGCCUGGCCGUACUCAGACUUGGAACCUAACCAGUAGUCUUUCUUAUUUCUAGAACUACUCACCUCAUUAGACGUUCUUCCUUCCCCUCAUCUCUGGCCUCCUGAGCUUGAGCUAGUCUUAUUUUGGAAUCUUAUUUUGAUCCCUUGCCAGGCUCUGAGCCAAAGCACAAAAACAAGGAGGCUUUUCAUCUUCACUGUAAAGAGAGGAACCCAAACCUUAAGGAGCCAGACACCCUGAGCGUCUUUCUGGCAGGUUUGAGUCUCUCAAGUCACGGACGAAGGGGAGAAGAAGACAGUGGUGUAACUAACCUCAGCUAGGGAACUAGGACCUUGGGGUGGAAACAAGAUUGUGAGCCUGGGGUAGACUAGAGGAGAACCAGCUGCCCUGUGACAUCUGGUCUUGCCUUUCCCAGCUGAGUCCCUGACCUCAAGAGAAGAGGGGGCUCACUACCACGCGUGUAAUGUGGGUACCCUGGUCCCUCACUGCCUUGCCCCAUAACCUCUGCUUUCCUGGCUCUGCUUGUUCCUUCCUGCCUCCUGCUGCUUCUAUAACCGCAGACCCCAGACCCAGUGGCAGGCCUUCAGCCCAGCUGCUUCUCCACUUGAAUAAACACCUGUUUCUCUA